AUGAAGCGAAUAAAGCGUCUGUCCUCCAUUAGUAACAGAUCGACAUUUGUUCCAGAAUUAGAUAAUAAAAAAAGACAAUUUAUUUCAUCAGUGUCACCUAAUCCAAAGGAAAAACGUAAUGCAAAAUUAGUGCCCGAUAAAAUUGAACCAAUGGUCCUGUGUUCUCCACCAACAGGAGAAUCCAUUGUAAGAUAUGCUUUGCCCAUUCCAUCGAGUAAGACAAGGGAGUUAAUAGCGGAAGAUGAAAUGAUCAGGAAAACUGCCAAACAUCUGAGUAUGGUUGUUUCUAGUUUGGAAGAAGCCUAUGGAGUUGACACUGAACCCAGAAAAAAAUCAGCUGUGAAGACUGACAGUGAAGAACUAUCGUUCUCUAUUGGGGAUGAUCUGAACUCAUUGUUGGUAUACUGCUCACAAUAUGCAGCUCAGCUGGAAGCAGCGGUAAAGGAAGGGCGCAGUAUUUUGGAAUCUCUUUUUAAGUGGUUUCAGCAUCAGGUCAAUCAGAUGGAGGAGUUAAGUACAGAUCAAACUUAUUCAGAAGAUGACCUUCCAGUACCUGAUAAAACAGUAUCUUCAGGGAUCGCACAAGUAAUAAAGCAAAUGCAAAAACUUGAAGACCUGAGAGAUCAGCUUAAACAUGGGUCUAAAUAUUCCUUGAAAACCAUGUUCUCUAAACCCACGGGUACCCAAAAUCAACCAGAAGCAGUGCAAAUUAGUAGAAGUGCAGAGAAGAUAAUUGAAGAAUUCUUAAAAGCCCACUCGACUGAAGGAUUUACAGAUACUUCUGCAACUGAGCCACAAGCUGGUUCUUCGAUGACUAGUAGACUGAAUGCCAUGUUGAAAGUAUUUGAGAAACAAUCAAGUAUGUUGGAGAGAGCUAUAAAUGAUCAAGAUUUGUUAGAGGCUAAAUACAGUAAGAUGCAAAGUGAUUUCCAGUUGUUAUCAGAGGAGAAAUCAGUGCUGGAAAAUGAGCUGCAAAAGUUGAAGAAUACAGAGAAAACAAAGGCUAUGUAUGAUCGAACAAAGAAAACACCUGUAAAACUGGAGAAGAAAAAAGACAAAGGAAAAUCUGAAGAAUCAGAAGAGAAGAAGUCUAUAGCAAAACAGCCAAAAACAAAAGAUCUGCUUGAAGUCCAGAAUGCAGCAAACGCACUGGAAAUUGAGAACAAAGUACUUCAGGAGCAACUGAAACAGGCUUUACAGGAAGCUGAAAAAACUAAGCAUCAACUUGAUUACCUCCUGAAUCAAAGGAAGGAGUUACUUAAAAGUGAGCAGACUAAGACAGCCAUGCAAAUGGAUAUUAGUAAAGUAAAAGUUAAAGAUUUAGAUUCAGAAAAUGUACCAUUGGAGAAAGAAAGAAGAAAAGCACAACUUUCAGAUUCAGGUGAACAAAAGACAGAUGAUAAAAUCCAAGAGCAAUCGCAGAUCCCACUGCUCCAAAGUGGAAACCUAAUUGAAGAAAGCUCAGAGAAGAAAAGAUCUAGCUCUGCCAUUUCAGAUCUUUCACAGAUCCUCAAGUCUCAGCACGAGGCAGCUUUCUUAGAGCCUUCAACUGAAAUGUCAUUGGAUGGAGAACUGUCCCCUGAACCUUUAUCACAGAACCACGAUAAAUCCCUUACGUCGGCUUCAGCCAGCGAAGAAAGUCAAGAUCCACUGUCUGCUGGACAGUCACCCGAAGGGAAUGAAACAGUGACAGCAUCCCUUAUUUCACAUCCUUUUUUUACUAAAAGAAAAUCAAAGGAUAGGUAUAACUCAAAGAAACUUUAUCUCAAGAUGCUCUCUCUCAGAGCCCAGCUGCCAGGCUGUGAGAAGCUCAAGCCACAGGAGAGGCCACACGUAGAUCCUCUGGCCAACAGCCCUGGCCGAGGUGGCCAAGCGAGUAAAGAGGCCUCUCAGGAAGCUGAUGAUGAGGUGUAUGAAAAACUGCUUAAGGGAGAAAGAGGCUUAAACAAAAAAGAAAAACUUCUUCUGAAAAAACGUCGCCUAGCCCUAAGUCUUGAAGUCAAUAAAUUUCUUACUCCUACCAUUACAAAAACAAACCUAUUAAAAAAGUUUCAUGAUUUCUUUGCAGUUCUAUUACUCACACUCUUGCCCAAAAUUGAGGGCAUAGCUCAGGAUGAUAAAUCAGAUGAAAAUAUUUUGCUUGAGGAUCAAGAUUCAGUAUCAAAAACCCAAAUGCAAGUAAAGAAACAAACUCAGUCUGAAGAAACACAUGAAAAUACUAUGCUUAAGGAUCAAGAAUCAGCGUCAAAAACCCAAAUACAAGUAAACAAACAAAGAAAAUUCAGGGAUGGAAAACUCAACACUCGUGAUGAAGGAUCUGAUGAAAACCUUAUGCUGGAGAAUCAAGAUUCAGCGUCAAAAACUCAAAUUCAGAUAAAGAAACGAAGAACUUCCAGAGGGGAAAAACACAGUACUCAUGAUGAAGUACCCGAUGAAAAUCUUAUGCUUGAGAAUCAAGAUUCAGUACCAAAAACCCAAAUUCAAGUAAAGAAACGAAGAACAUCCAGAGGGGGAAAACACAGCACUCUUGAUGAAGUACCAGAUGAAAAUCUUAUGCUUGAGAAUCAGGAUUCAGUGUCAGACACCCAAAUGAAAGUAGAAAAGCAAAUCACUUCCAGAGAGGAAAAACUCUAUACUCAGAAUGAUGAACCAGGUGAAAAAAUUUCGGUUGAGGAUCAAGAUUCUGUAUCAAAAAUACAAAUACAAGUAAAGGAACAAAGAACUUCCACAGGGGAAAAACGCCACAUUCCUGAUGAAGUACCAGAUGAAAAUCUUUUUCUUGAGAAACAAGAUUCAGUGUCAAAAACCCAAAUGCAAGUAAUCAAGAAAAGCACUUCCACAGAUGAAAAACUCCAAUCUCCUGAUGAAGUACCAGAUGAAACUGUUUUUCUUGAGAAACAAGAUUCAGUGCCAAAAUCCCAAAUGGAAGUAAACAAGCAAAGCACUUUGAAAAGUGAGGAAAAACUCCAGUCUCUUGAUGAAGUACCAGAUGAAAAUCUUAUGCCUGAGAAUCAAGAUUCAGUGUUAAAAACCCAAACAGAAGUAGACAAGCAAAGCAUUUUCAAAGAGGAAAAACUCAAACCUCAUGAUGAACGACCAAAUGGAAAUAUUAUGCUUCAGCAGGAAGAUUCAGUGUUAAGAGCCCAGAUUAAAGCAGAAAGACAAAGUAUUUCCAGAGGGGAAAAACCAAAUCCAUUUCUUCUUGAAACCCCCAAAAAGGACGUUUUAGCAGUCGAAAAUCUGUUGCCUGUGGACAGAGUUUUAGGCUCCAGAAGGCAAUCUCAAUCCAAGACACAUGGAACUACCAGAAAUGACAGUGUCUAUAGUAAGCUUCACAAUAAAGCCGUUUCACUUUUUAUUGGAUUAAACGCCUCUCUUCUUGUAGCUGAGAAAACCGAUAUGCUAUCAAAUGAAAAUCUUUCACCUGAAGAUAAAAUGUUGCUCUCACAAAACUCACCUCAAAUUAAAAAGCUUGGAACUCCCGGAAUAGAAGGACCCAGCAAUCAGGAUACAUAUGAAGAAGGAGAUGUUAGUUUUACAUCUAAGAAUCUAGAGCAACCUGAGAGAUACACAGAUCAAAUUCAAACAAUUGGAGUUGACCAGUCUCAAAGAUUGAGAAUUCAAAAUGAAGGAGCCUCAGAACUUCCAAGUACACCAGAAAAUCUUUCAGCAUUAUCUCCGUCAAUUAGUAACCUAAUAGUUCAAUUAGAUUUAAACAAGGUGGUUGGCCAGGAGAAUGGCUCAGGGCAUGCGGCAGGACCCAUCUCAGGCCCAGGGAAAUCGACAUCCGCUGAGGCUGGCUUGGGGUUUGGGGGCAUGAUGGAAUCUCAUCGUAAGACUGAUAUAGAACACCUGACAAAUGCUGUUGGAAAAGACAUAAUAAAGGAGACACAAUUAAAGAGUCGACGUGGAGUGAGAUUGCUGGAUCUUAUGGUUAUUUCUGGAAGAAAAAGUUACAAAUGCAGAAGUCAAGAGUUGGGGGAGUGGUGUGUGAAUAGUCAUAGAAUCUUCAUGGUAUUUUUCUUUUUUAAUUUUAUUUUAGGCACACACUUAUUUAAAAACAUGGAUCUAUUGAUACAACAUCAAGAAGACAAGCAAAUCGCACCAAGUAAAUUCCCAACAAAGGUGAUCACUUUAUCACCCUUUGAAAAACAAGGUAAAAGAUUAUACAAGAAGGUGUAAAAUAAGUAUCUAAUUACUCAGAAUAGCUUUUGUAGUAUGCUUUUUCAUUCUACUCUUUUUAAAAAUAUUUUAUUGUGUUUACAUGACAAAUUCAGCUCCCAUUUAACAAUUUCUGCAUGAAUUAUUCAGUGACAUUGGUUACAUUUUUUCACAACGUGUCAUUAUUCUCAUUCAUGCUGUUCUAGAUGUACCAUUUUCAGUA